AUGUCGGCUCGUUCGUCCCAUCGCCGUCAUCCGGCUUCUCUCAUCCCAAUUUCUGCGCAUAACCCGUAUCUCGUGAAUCUCAUGGCUUCCCGAAUCUCGCCGGAAAUGAUAGAUUAUGUUGCUCGCCAAGCGACAAAAGUCAUCCGUCUUGACUGUGACUCGCCUGUCAAUGGAACUUCGCGAACAUCGUACAAAUCGUAUUUCGAUCCAGCGACCUCGCCGCAUUCACUUCGAAAUUUCAUCGGUCGUAUUGUCAAGGAGUCUCAUGUGCAGGUCUCGACCUUCAUGUCUUCCCUUGUGUAUCUUGAGCGACUUCGAAGCAAGCUGCCUACGCUCUCCGAAGGUCUGCCCUGCACAAUUCAUCGCAUAUUCCUCGCCACGCUUAUUGUGACCGCCAAGUAUCUCAACGAUUCGUGUCCGAAGAACAUCCACUGGGCUAAAUAUUCGAAUCUCUUCACCGUCACAGAGAUCAACUUGAUGGAGAUUCAGCUACUAUAUCUGCUGGACUAUGAUCUUCGGUUCAACGAGGAGGAAGCGUGUGCUCUGUUUGCUCCGUACAUGUCUAUUGUAGCUCGCCAGGCUAGUACGCGAGCGUCUGCAGUCGACAAGGUUGCAAAGGCCAGCAAAGCUAGAGCACUCUCUCAGGAGCAGAAUCUCCGACAAUCUGUCACAUCAUCGGAGGACGUUCCUCCUGCGCCAUUCCCUGUUUCUCGCCCAAUUUCUCUGGUUCGUGGACUCGCUAGACGCCUUUCCAUGGCUCACAUACGUGCGGAUUCCGUUGCCCCCUUGCCUAUGCCAACCGCUCUGACAUCGAAAUCAACGUCGACCACCUCGUCUUCAUCAACUUCUUCAAGUGAUAUCUGUUCACUGGUAGAUGAUACUGGCUCGUCGUCUAGUUCGUCAUCUGGAAUAAGCUCGGAGUCAGAAUCAGAGACCGAAGAACAUGUCGAGCCGCGCGUCUACUCAAGCUCGUAUGGUGACUACUACCAAGCCCUGACGCAGGAAGAGAUGAUAGCGCCAGGCAAGAAGCCUUUUCUUCUUCGUCCGUCGCCUGCAUAUGUGCACAGAAAUCAUCACAUCACUCAGAAUCGAUCUCGAAAGCCUUCGGAUGCGUCCUCUGUACGCACGAUAACGGCGCUCUCUCCGACGCAGUGUUCCUCAUUUUCAUCAAUUUCAUCGCUCCAGUCACGUCGAAGCUCGGGCAAGCGUUCGGUAUCAGGAGCGACGACUAUAGCUACCGGUGUCAAGGAGUCAUCUAUCACGGCUAGCGUGACAAUGCCAGCGAUUACAAGAAGUGCUGGCUCAGGCGGGUUCCUCAGUAGGAUGUGGGGCGCUGCAAAAGGUCAAGCGUUGGGACACGAGAAGAGUGCGUCUUUGGACUACGAUACAACCUACUCCGGGCAAGGGCCGAACACGUUAAAGAAACUUGUGCUUGUGCAUUCGAGGGCGGCGAAUACGCGAAAUGGAGGCGCUUUCAACGUUUAGAGAGCACUGCCUUUGGCGACGGCUCGGACGCACGGCUCGGUGCUCGGUACUACGCAUCAAAAAGCCAACACUUGGCUCAUACUCUCAUUUUUCGCAUGGACACUGGAUUCGGAAAACUCUUUGGUUUAUCAUCG